GCCAGAACGAAGCAAAAGUACGCGAUGAGCGGCUCGCAAACAGGCGGCGGCUUUAAGGAGCCUUCGCGCGCCAUUUUCGCGCAGAGCGACCUGCACAAUUUCCUGGGCUCUUCGGCCCAGCAGAUGAUCUUGGUGUUCGUGAAGCACUUGAACGAGAGUGUCAAGGGAAAGCGUAUCUCGAGCGAGUGUGAAGUUUCGCCGAAUGUCCAGAAGGCCAUAGAUCUAAUACAUGAGAUCAAUUCGUGGAUCGACGAGAUCCCUCCCAUCCAACAACCCAUGCGCUUCGGGAACAAGGCCUUCCGCACAUUUUACGACCGAGUUGUUGAGAAAACGCCUGCUAUGCAGGAGAACAUGCUACCGGAGGACCUACGUGGUGCAGUGAUUGAGCUCGCAGCGUACCUCGACGACUCCUUUGGCAACCGUGUCCGGAUCGACUACGGCACGGGCCAUGAAACCAGCUUUAUUGUGUGGAUCUGCUGUCUGUACAAGUUGGGCUUCUUCAAGCAGUCGGACUUCCCAGCACUGGUGCUGCGGUUGUUCACGACUUAUCUGGCGCUGAUGCGUCGUCUGCAGAAGCUGUACAUGCUAGAACCGGCAGGAUCUCAUGGUGUAUGGGGUCUGGAUGACUAUCAUUGUCUUCCUUUCUACUUUGGCUCAGCACAGCUGAUCGGACAGCACGAAAUCGUCCCCGAGAGCGUGCAUGACGACGGGGUCUUAGAAGCGAAACACGAGGAAUACUUGUAUCUGGAUGCUAUCAAGUUUAUUAAGGAAGUGAAGUCUGGUUCACCCUUUGCAGAGACGUCGCCUAUGCUGAACGAUAUCAGUGCUUUGCCGUCGUGGGAGAAGACAAACGGAGGCAUGCUCAAGCUAUACGAGGGCGAAGUGCUGAAGAAGCUGCCGGUCAUUCAGCACCUGCGCUUCGGUUCACUGUUCCCGUGCACAUGGACCCCAAGCCACGAAGCCGACGAUGGAUCGACGUACAUUCCAGUGAGCACACAUCCAGGUACGGGCGUUCGUGCUCCUAACUUUGAUCUAGACGGUGUGUCGGCCAAAGCGCCGUGGGUUGCUGUAGAAUCGCUUGCGGCUGCGAAGGAUACUACGAUGUCACCUCUGCACCACCCCAAGAAAACGCUGGAUAAGUAAUCUUCUGCCCAUUUGGUGGAUGGAAGUUAUACUGUGGCAUGGCAAGCGAGCGUGCAAGCAGCUCAUGCGCGGACGCUCCGAACCGGGUGGGUACUGCCAAUCAAAAAAGUGAAAAUGUGGUGUUCCCGAAAA